GUAUAAACACGUAAUACUUACGCGACUGCAACGUCACAGGUCACAUUGGUCACAUGACAAAAAAUGGCGUAAUGUGUAUAAUUUUCAUACUAAGCCUUCAACUAGUCAAUAGAACAUACUGUUUAAAGCUCGAAAGGUAGAAAGCUCAACUAAUUUAGUAGCCAUUUCAGAUUUAGCAUGUGUUUAUACAUCUGUGUUUGAUAGUUAUUUUCUUCUUUGAAAGUAUAAAUGCGUGUAAAGAUUAAACGAAUGUGAUAAACGGUAGUGUUUUAUUGUAACAGUAUGAAAUGAUUGUUAAAAGAACAGGACGAGCAGUUGUAUUUCCCUUAUUAUAAAUACAAUAUCGUCAUCGGACACAUGUCUAAACGGAAUGCAUGACGCGCUGACCACAGGUGACUUAGCUAACGUCAAGUUACCUGCCCUGAAGCAUUGGCACGACUUCCGUAAACGUAUUCGGUUUACUGCUGAACAGGUGUGUGUAGACUCAUGACGUUACGAACAUUUGUGUGACAUCUAUUUUAUACGCUCUUUAGUUUUUGCACAUAGCCGUAGAUCUGUCACAGACAUGGCGAAAGGAUCAAAAAAAGGUAAACGACGGGGAUCUGAGCUCAGUCAAGAAACGACUAGAAACAACUCAUGUGCGGUGUCCGAGGUCAGUAACAGUAAUUCCUGCGAAGAAUUCAAGAAAAAACCUAUAGCUGCUCUUAUCCUUGCCCGUGGAGGAAGUAAAGGGAUCCCUUUGAAGAAUAUUAAGAAGUUGGCAGGGGUUCCUCUGAUCGGAUGGGUUAUCAGAGCUGCGAGGGACGCUGAAGUCUUUGACAGUGUUUGGGUAUCUACUGAUCAUGAUGAGAUUGUAAAAGUGGCAGAAGAAUGGGGUGCUAAGGUGCACAAGAGGAGCCCGGAGGUGUCCAAAGACAGCUCCAGCUCACUGGAAACCAUUCAGGAGUUCACCAGAGAACACCCAGAGUUUGAAGUCGUAUGUAACAUCCAGGCCACUUCUCCAUGCCUGCACCCCAAACAUAUAAAAGAGGCCCUGGAGCUUAUGACCGAAAAAGGGUUUGAAUCUGUCUUCUCUGUGGUCCGACGACACCACUUUCGUUGGGAAGAGGUCAAGAACAAAGGGAAGCCUUGUACUAAACCUCUGAACCUCAACCCAGCUAAAAGACCACGUCGUCAGGACUGGGAUGGAGAAUUGUGUGAAAAUGGCUCCUUUUAUUUUGCAACCAGAGAUCUCAUCAAUAAGAAUCUUCUUCAGGGUGGAAAGACGGUGUACUAUGAGAUGAAGCCUGAGAACAGUGUGGAUAUUGAUGUAGACAUAGACUGGCCUGUAGCUGAACAGAGAGUGCUGAGGUAUGGUUACUUUGGUAAGGACAAGCCAGAGGUUGUGAAACUCCUGGUGUGUAACAUAAUGGGAUGUCUGACAGACGGUACGAUCAGCCUGUCUGCAAAUGGAGAUGAUAAGGUGUCCUACCACUACAGAGAUCAGGAUGGCAUCAACAUGCUGAAGACAGAUGGAGUGGAGGUUAUUCUGAUGUCCUCAAAAGGGUAUCCCAUCCAAGCAGCUUUGGCUGACAAACUCAAUGUGAGACUGGGCUGUGUAGUCAAGCAGGAAGUAGAUGAUAAAAAAAUGGAGGUAGAAAAGCUCCUGAAGGAGAGAGCGCUGGAGUGGAAAGAUGUGGCUUAUAUAGGUAAUGAUGAGGCAGAUGUUCAGUGCCUGGAGCUGGCAGGGUUAAGCGCUGUACCUAAGGAUGGCCUGGAGAAGGCACGCAUUGCAGCAAAAUACACUUGCCAUAACGCAGCAGGCCACGGUGCCGUAAUGGAGUUUGCCGAACACAUCUUGCUAUUAAAGAAAAAAGCCAAAUCUCAAAUGGAGCAGGACAGAAUAAAUUGAAACAAUUCUUUUGUGAUAAAAAGUCUUGGGUGGAACACUGAAGAUAAACAUUCUGUUUUAUGUUCCGGGAAAAUCCACGAUAAAACUUAAAAUAAAUAGAAGUGAAUGUAUAAUUACUUGAUCAAGAAUUUGAAGGAAAUGAAUAUUCAAAAGAAUAUAUUUGAUUAUACGGUGUAUUUGAAGGGUCUUGUAGUUUAUAUUAGUUGUUAGUGUGUGUGCACGCUCGCAUUUUCUUCAGAUGGACAAUAUUUAAAUGAAAUGUAGCAUGUUGUACUCCACACUAUACACUAGAGGGCAGCAAAGUAUAAGCUAACAUGUAGUUUACGCCUCUAUUGUUUUGAAACUCGGAAGGACAAAAUAUACAACACUAAGAAGAGUACCUAUCGAGAAUUGUAUGGGUGCUAUAGAAAAUGUACACAUCGCAUGUCUUAAAAUGUAAUUUUCUGAAAUUUAAUGUAAAAUGCUUGGAAACCAUACACUAAAAAAGUGAAACAGAAAAUCAUUAUUAGUAUUUAAUAACAUGACUAUUAUCCGAACAGUCAAAUCAGUUACAUUACAUGUAAGAUAAAGGCUGGGAUGGGAAAAAAAUCAUUGUUGGUUUAUUGCCCACCUUCCCAACCUCAUAAUGAUACUUUGUAGAUAAUCACUAUGGUAACCCAAAAUUUGCAUACUAAAACUGGCUUAUACUCCCAAUGUUGUCAAGUCUUAGACGGUCUCCUCACCCUCAUGAAUUUCUAUAUUGUAUUGUGGGAAUAUAUGACCUUUAGUUUUCGGUGCAACGUCUGAUCACCAAGGUCGUGGAUAGAGGGCAUAAUGAGGGUGAGAUUUCCAUUCACUAGCUACAAUUACUACUCAAUAAGUCUGUUCAUUUGGGGUUCCUCUUAAUCUAUGCAUCCUAUGAGAGAUGGUGAACUCAAUUAACUCUCUUGUCAUCCUCUGGCACAUCAUUGCACGGUUGUCGCUUUGUGUGCACAGUUCAAACCAUCGGAAUACAUUUAGGCCAAUGAAAAUCACCAAAGUCAAGUUGAAGAAGAUUAAAGAUACACAUUUUUUGUCUUAAAAUUUACUAAAUGUGAAAUAGUUUUCAAACUAUGAGGAGUAUAUGAGUUCUUUACGAAAGAAAAAAACAUGACCUUGGUGUCACACACAUUUAAUUUAAUUGUUUACACAUCUCAUAUAUUUUAAACGAAUAACUUUUUAAUAAAUAACUUUAUUAGCUGCUGUUGCCCAAAUCUUGAAUCCAUGACACGCACAUUUAGAAUGUCAUUUUAAAAAUGACCAUGUUUAAAGCCAUGGGACAGCUUAAUUAAACCAGCAUGACAUUUUUACUCGAGUCAGGCAAUAAGUUGCAGGAUCGAUACAUGCAGAGAUGCCCCGUCUCUCUCAGUUUUCUACUGGAGCCUAAUUAAAUUGGGUCAAUAGAAAGUGAUGAAAGUUGUCGUGUGGGGCACAGGUGUGUGGCGGCAGCCAUCAACCCUGCCAGUUGUUGCUAGUACCGAUCAUCUCAUUAAAAAAAGAUCAUACUUUCUGCA